GGCAGCAGCAGAAGAAGAAGAAGAAGAAGAAGAAGCAGCAGCAGUAGUAGAUCAAGUCGACUCCAUUCCUGGACCGAAGGUGUUCUUGUCUCGGUUCUCGUGGCUCUGCACUUGGAUCUUCUCCUCGCACAGACAAAGAGUUAAUUUCCGAAGCCAAAGCUUCGGUCAAUGGUAUACAGACCGCCUGUGCUUGACAGUGUUCGAAGGCUCCUAAGGAGUUCAGCCAUUGCAUACGAGUCGUUGAGAUCUCUUCCCGAGCGGUCCAGAGACUGCUGGCUGUAGGGCCUGAGUUAGAUUUUAGAAAAGUUAAUUCGCAGAAAUUCGUCGCCGAAAUUCGUCUCCAUCAUCGAGUUUUCCAUUUACCAUUCUUUCAUUUUACCCUUCUAUCAUUCAGUCACAGCAGGUACGAGUUGCAGAGAGCAAUUCUCGAGUGACAGCUGACAAUUGAGGCAAUCUCUCGGCAAGCAAUCGACAGCAUGAUGUCGAGUACGGCGGCGUUCAACCCAGCGGACAUGACGGUGAACGGGGUCCGGAUGCGGCCGGUGCCGAGGAGCAUGCGCAAAAGCUUAGUGCUGCCAGCGGAACCGACUGCGCCCGAGAACGAGUGGCUGUAUCUGAGCAACCUGGACCGAGUGGUGACGGCCACAUUCAGCAGCGUGAUUCACUUCUACGAGAACGCGGUGACGGCGGAGCGGACCUUCCAGCAAGUGAUCGACGGACUGAAGCGGUCGCUGUCGCGGGUGCUGGUCGACUUCUACCCUUUCGCCGGCAGGCUCGAGGUGGGCACGGAUGGACUCAUCAACUUGCACUGCAACGAUGCCGGAGCGGUGUUCGUGGAAGCGGCCGUGGGCGUGGAGCUCGCGGAGGUGGGAGGGCCGCAGGCCAUGCACGUCCUGUCGGGGCUGGAAGUGGCGCGACUCGGCAAGGGCCCGCUCUACAUCCCGGACCAGCUGACGCCCAUGCCCACUCUCGUCGUCCAGGUGACGAGAUUCAAGUGCGGCGCGAUCGCAGUGGCCACGAACUGGCAUCACAAUGUUGCGGACGGAUCGUCGGGAGUCCAUUUCAUCAAGUCGUGGGCGGAGGUGGCCACCGGGCAGCCUCUAUCGCUCGUGCCCAUUCACAAUCGCAUGCUUCUGAAACCUCGCACUCCUCUGAAUCCCAGCCUCGUGCAAGGCUACAGCACCAAAUCGGCCCACAAUCUGAACCAGGUCGACCUGCACUCCGUGCACAAGUUCAGCGGCGCCACGCAGCCUCCGGUGAUCAGGAGCUUCGCUCUGGACGCGCAGACCGUGAGGCAGCUGAAAUCGCAGGCUUGCGGAGCGGCCUGCGAGCAGGAUGCAGCGCAGCGGAGUCAGACGUUCACGUCCGCGGAAUCCAUCUCGGGCCACCUCUGGCAGAGCAUGACCCGAGCCCGGCGCCAUGCCGACGAGGCCUCGGACCUCGAUCGGCAGACGCUGAGCAAGUACUUCAUGUUCGUGGACGGGCGGAAGAAGCUGGACAUGCCCGCGGGAUAUUUCGGCAACGUCGUGUGCAGCGCGUGCGCUGUGAGCACCGAGGAGGAAAUUCUGCGCAACCCGGUGUCCUACGCCGCGGGAUUGGUGCGCGCCGCGUGCAGGAGCAUCACGGCCGACUACUUCAGGUCUCUGAUCGACUGGGUGGAAGUGCAGGGCACGGCGCCUUCCAAGUCCGAGCAUGUGAAUUCUGUUGGGAGGGAUGUGGCCAGCACGUUCUGGACCACCUUCCCUCUCUACGAGAUUGAAUUCGGAUUCGGGAGGCCGAUCUGGGCUGCCAGAAACUCCCCGCCCCGCCCUCUCAUCGACGGCAUCGCCAUGAUGCCCAGCCCUCAAGGACAGGGAAACAUGGUGGCGCUUAUCAACCUGCACGCCGAUAGGAUGGAGCGGAUGCAGAAAGAUCCGCAAUUUUCCUCUGUGUUCGUAGCUGACGCGCUCUAAUGGCGAGCUUCGAGUACCUGUAAAGAGCUGUACCUCUCGUAGCGCCAAUUUUGACUCGUACAUGACCGCAAUUCCAGUGGAAGUCGAAAUGGAGACAUUAGAAUUAGAAUUGUUGCGAUAUUAGUUAGUACCGAGGGCUUGUAGUCAUCCCUCUGACAUACGAUAUAUUCUGUGCAGAUUCAUUUUUUUUUUGUAAGGAUUAGAGGUUAAAUGUAGAAUAGACGUAGACGAUGUAGACGACGACAAUUAGUGUCAGGACCUUUUUGUCAAGCCCUGUGUGGCCUGAUUUUGGAUCAUUCUGUAGCCCGAUGUACUUCAUACAGAUACAAGCUUUCAGACUUCUCUAGAUCGAAAACAUAGACAAUCAAUAUAUACACAAAUGAGCAUCCACAAAUGGAUUUACUCUCCCGACUUGCAAAUUGCAAGAUCUUUUUCUUGUGAAUCUCUUAAGAGAAAAUUUAAUCCAAGGACAUCUUCAUAGUUGCC